UGCUAAUAGAAUUAAUUUAGUAUGCCAAUAUUCACAAAUAAUUAUUUUAUUGUUCAGGUUUUUAGCAUUUUCUUUAGAACUUCUAGCUCUUAGGUAAGAGAUGGAAAAAAGAAAAUCAAGUGGUCGUGUCACCCGCCAGUCGAAACAUGCAAAGCAUUCGGACAACUCUGAUGAGACGGUGGACAAAUAUGCAUACCUGAAAGAAAAUUUGGACCCUCAACCAGAGGUGUACACAAAAAUGCCACCUCAGCCGAAGAAAAAGAAAUCUGGGCAAUUAUCGAAGGAGCAAAUCAAACAUUUCUUUGAUAAAGGUUAUGUGCUGGUGGAAGAUUAUUUUGACAAAUCUUUGUUGGAAGGAGCAAAAGAAGCUAUUAACGAACUUGUUGAUUUGCUCGCUGAUAUCUUGUACAAAGCAGGAAAAAUUACAGAUCGGCAUGAAGACAAAGGUUUUGCUGACCGCUUGACCGCCCUUAACAAAGACUUCCCAGGCGCAUCGGUCAUUAUGCAUAAGCUGGGGCUUCUACCUCAAGCUUUCAAGGACAUAUGGAGUAAUGAUAAACUUCUGAAUGCAGUGGAACAAAUUGUUGGACCUGAAAUUGCUGGCCAUCCUGUUUGGAACUUGAGAAGCAAGACUCCUAAAACUGAGCAGGCAACGGUACCCUGGCAUCAAGAUAAUGCUUACCUGGAACCAUGUAGCCUCAAUGUCAUGCAGUUAACGGCAUGGAUUCCAUUGAUUGAUGCAACAAAAGUGACUGGAUGCAUGGAGGUUAUAUCAAAAGGUCAUAGAAAAGGCGUCACAGCUAACCAUACUUGCUGUGCUGGAGAAACAUGGUAUGUUGAGUUAACAGAGAAAGAAAUUGAGAAAACCCUCGACGUUGACAUGAAAAAAGAUGUUGUUCUUUGUGAAGUUCCAUAUGGUGGAGUGUUGUUCUUGAACAAUGCGAUCCCGCACAGGAGCCUGGAGAAUUACUCAGAUAAAAUUCGAUGGAGCCUGGAUCUUCGAUGGCAAAGACCUGAUUUUUCGAAUGGAUUUCAUGGAUUGGCAGAAAAUAUUUUAAUGCGAACUUCCAAGGAUCCAAACUUCAAGAUAGACUGGUCUAAAAUGGAUAAAUCGCGAGAGUCUGACUUCUCAGAUGUGCCUGAAGACAGUGCUUUGCUUAAGCCUAUUAUAACUGGUCCAUGGAUGCACCGAUGGGAGAUCACCCACCAGAACAGCCAUACGAGAGCACUGGUUUCUGCUGGUACAAAUUGGCAUUUCCACGACAAGAAGAAGGAAAAGCCUUGAACUGUUAACGAAGUCCACUUUCAUUUUAAAUAACGAUGCAUAAGAUUUUACAAUUUCUGUAUGGAUACUAAUUUUUUUAAUUUUCUCUAUUUUAAUGAUUGGCUCCAUAGCGCGCUUUCUUCAAUUUAAUUUUUUUCGCUUGUCCAUCCAAGAUUUUGUUGUUUGUGAUUGAAGCAAAAAGUUUUCUAGGAUUCUCAUACUAAUAGUGGAUAUUUCAUUCCUGCCCCUAAAAUUUAUCCUCAACUUUCCAGAAAUUGGACUUUUUCAUGUGUGACAUGUUGCAUGUAAUAUUACAAGCCUUUUUUUUGUAUUUCAUAUCAUUUCCAAACAGUAUGACAAUGGCAUUCAGUUUUAGAAUUUUGUCGUAGUUUCUUCAUGUAUAUGCGUGCCUGUGUGUUGACUCUGGGACAAUUUUUGGUAGCUGAGGGAUGUAAUAUCUACGAGCUACAAUAUGCAAGAAGUGUAAUUGUCUAAGUAUUUUAACAUUUAUGCAGUGGCUUGAAAUUCAUUUUACCAUAUAAAAUUUUGGUGCUUGAUCUGAUAAAUAUGUUUAUAUGAAUUUUAUUUAGUAGCCUGAAUCAUUAUUGCAAAAAAGAAAAUUCAUUCAUUAACGUGUAUAUAUGGGUGCUUGAUUAAUCAUUUUUUUUUAAUUCUUUGAUUCCUACAGUUCAAUACAAAUCUAUUUUGCUCUUAAUAAAUAUAUAAUGCCAAAGUUAAAUCUUAUCAACUCAAAAUAAAAUACUCAAUUCUAAA